GAUACUAUUCAGUGUCAAGACGCGAUCCUCAAUCCAAUUAUUAACCUUUGGGGUGUUGCACAACAAAAUUUUCGCAAUUGGACCGAAAUAAGACACUAAAGUAAACACGAGGGUGCGGGAGACUCAAGACGACUGAGCUCUUCGCGAAGUAGCACGAGGGUGUGGUUACGUUCUUCGGACUGCGAUCGACUUAGACGAACACUUCGUCGAAGUUACUUCGCGACUAGUGUAGAGGAAGCAUAACGACCCAUGCUCAGUUAGAAUGCCGUUACAGUUAAAAUACAAGAAAAAAUGACCGAACAAGUAUUAGAUAAAGAGACUUGGCCGUUGGAAGCAGAGGCUGCGUUGAACGACGUGCGGAAACAUGUUAGAGAAGCAAUCGUGGCGCCGGAGAUGAAAAGCACCAACCAGAAAAUCUAUCUCAAAAUAACCACAUAUGAAGAUGAAGUAUAUAUAGUAGAGAUGUCGGCGUCCGGAUUCAAUGUUGUGUCCAGUUCAAGCGCUAAUAGAAACAAAGCGUCCGAUAGGAAAUAUGAAACACUUUACGCCCUCCUAGACAAUAUUAGCCACAGAUACAGGGAGUCGUUUGGCGAAGAAUUAAGUUCGAAACUGAGCGAUUUGGAAAGGCAAUGUCAAGGUUAAGCGCCUCGACACAAUUUUUUUUUCAAAUGUUCCUUUAUAUAUGGAACUUGAUGUAUUGCCAUAUUUAUAUAAGACGGGAGUUGUUGAUCUUAAAGUAGAUAAUAAGAAAGAAAGAAAAUAAAUGUAUUAAGUAACAAUUUAUAGCAAUUUGCUUACAACAGCAAAUUUAAAAUUAUGAUAAAUAGUUACUAAAAAUGUGCCCAACUCAGCAUAGUCUUGGUACUGGCAGAGUACUGGACGCUGAUCUUCCGUUUGUGCCAAUGGGUUGGUGCAAAUUUAACAAAAAAUAAAAAAUAUAUGUACCUAUUUAAAAAUGUGUGCAAUUCACAGGUAGAAGUGAAACCUUCAGAAAACUAAACUUCGAGAGAAUGGGACGCUAAAUCCUAUACAUGUUCACUGACCGGCACAAAAAACGACUCACUAUGAAUUUUAAGUAAUUAAUAAUUUUUUUUGGUAUCAUGUCUUAUUGAUAAGUGUUAUUUAAGUUAUUCUCUGGUAAAGAAUAUCCGACAAACAAAACUCGUACAUAAAUGCGAGAUUCAUCUGUGAACAGUACUUGGCUCCACUGUUCCAUAUAGCAAUUGAAAUGUUCAUGUGCAAAUGCAAGUCUGCUGACUCGAUGCUGCCUGGUAAGCUCUGGGCCAUGUGCAGGUCUUCUGGCCAUGAUAUCAGUUUCAUUGAGGCGUCUUCUGAUAGUCCUGUCACUUACAUGUACAUCUCAAAAUUCAGCAAGGCGAUUCCAGAUUUCAACAGCAGUCAUGGCCCUGUUACGUAUUAUUUCUAGGUUAAGGGUCUUUGGUGACCUGUUCCUGGCCGAAAAUAAACACAAAUAUAUUUUCAAGAUUAUUUAUUUAAAGAAAUCAUAGCGAGUCGUUUUUUGUGCCGGUCAGAAUAUAUGUUUGUCUCUUUUUAAUGUCGCUUUUUCGUUUGAUCGAGUUUCUAAUCACAACGAAUCUAAAGAAGUAUUCACUUCAAUAAUACAUGCCCAUGAUUGAUGCCAGAAGGAUCUUAUGGUUUCCAAAAGAUGGCGGUGUUCUCGUCUACGCUAGAUAUGCAAUACCUAGACCGACUAUAGGCUGCAAAUUGAUACUGCGAUCGUCAAUAAUUACGAACUCCUGCCAAGAGUGAUGACUAAAAUAAAUCCCACAAAGGGAGAGGCCAUGUGCAGCCAUGGACUUUUUCAGGCUGAAGCAGGAGUAGAUAAUAAACCGAAUAAGAUGCGUUAUUAGGUUCUCAAUACGUUUUCAGUCCAUAUGUCUCCUAUCAAACAUAGAAAUAUAACCUUUUAUUCAAUAUUAUUAUAUUAUGAAAUUAUUAAUAAAAUAUAAAAAAUAUAUUGAAAGUUAUUCUUAAUUUACUUUUGGCCUCUCUCUUUACCUCACAGAAUAUAAGCGUGUAAAAUAGCAGCUUAACGCUGUUGUGUUUCGUAUGGCAAGUGUAGAGAACCGGAGACGCUUUUUACUGGAAACGAGGCUUUCCAUCUUAGUACUCACGGGUGACAACGCAUCUGCAUUUUGAUGUAGAUAUCUAUGGGCCACAGCAACCACUUACCAUCAGGCGGACUGUGUGCUCCUUUGUCACCCUUAUUCCCUAAAAAAUAAUGUAAUACAAAUAACAACAAAAAGCAAAUUAGGAAUAUCUUUGUAGCAAUCACCUAACUCCCAGGGGUUAUUAUCAUCCAAAAAUUUACAUACGUAAGACUUACGGUCGCAAACAUAUGCAUAUGCAUAAACAUAUGCAUCGCAACUUAGGAGGCCAUACGGUUUUAUUUCCUUGACUUAAGUAUGUUACAUUCACAGGACAAACUGGUGUGAAGAUGAUAUUUAGUCAUAACACGGCCACAAUAGAUAAUUCUCCUGUAUAAAGUAAUUUUAGAAAUCGUUUACAGUGACCUUUAAUUAAAGCUAAUGUGUAUUUUAUAGUUAUUGUGUGGAUAUCGUUGUUAGGUUACUUACUAAUUUCUUUUACUAAUUGCUAAUGUUAAUAAAUAUUUCACAUGUUUACAGCUCCAUUCACAAAAAUCAAUAUCGACUUGAUAAAAUGCUAAAAACAUAAAUCAACCACAAACAACUAUUUUAUGUUAUACCGUUAUACUCGCGACAUUCUAAGAAGUUUCGUUUGACGUUUUUUAUUAUACAUGCCACGAUAACUUUAUAUGAACGUCUACGUAAAAAAUUGAAAAAUUCAAAUUCAUAAUACUAAAUAAUUACUGUUAUCCAUACACUACUAUACAAUGCGUAUUAUUCGUAAGUACAAAGUUUAACUUUAUACUGGAAAAAUGCACUCAAAAACACCAAUUAAUCGUUGAUUAAUAUUACCGACAGGACGUUAUUACAAUGUUAUGUCUUUGGGUUCGUUGCCGUAGUGUAGUAAUUUUAACUAUAACAGGUACCUGUUUUUAUGUAAUUGAAUAGUUGACACUAACAAUAAUAAAGUAAUAUAAUAAUAUAAUUUGAAUUUACUACUUUUGUAAUGUUUGAAAUUUUAAGUUCAUUUUAAUUUUUUAUUUUAUUGGAUUAUAUUAUUUUAUAAUACGAGUAUAUAUAAAAAAAAAGAUUUAUUUACCUUAAGAAAAUUACGAUAUUCUUUACUUGUUUUCGUAUACUACUGUAAUACUUUUGCUAUACCAUAAUGUUUAUAUAUAAGAUUUCUCUUUGACAGUUUGUUAAAAGUAAUUUUCUACUUUCAACCAUUUUAUAAGCGUUAUGUUUUGUUGGUACAACAUCAAGUACAAAUUAUAUUAUAAUUUCUCACCGCUGUUAAAUGCAAUACAAGAACUACAUAGAUAACAGGAUGAGUUGCAAAUAUAACAAUGUUAGUAGAAAGUGUGCAACUGUUAUUAUUUUUGUUAAUGAAACAUAAUGUUCUAGUGCCUCUUACUUAAUUAAUCAGUACCUAUUUAUUUAUAUAUUGUAUACUGUAUAAUAAAGCAGUUUUAUUGUAUU